AUGGUUGGUUUGAAGGAAGGCGAGGAUCCAAUUGAAGAAGGAAAGUGGCUUGCCAUGACUGCAUGGAACCGAGCAGCAGUCCCAGUGAGGUUGGGUCAAAUUGAACUGGGGAAGAAAUGGAUGACUGUCGGCUUCGACAUUGCGAAACAUGUUUCAGACAUUUGUUAUAUUGAUGUAAAUUCGAAUUUGCUUAAAAAAAAUCCAUAUAAUAAUGUAAAGCCUUUUUAUCUCUUUUUGGAAAACCUUGGUGUGAGCAUUUGCCAUUUCCUCAUGGAUUCCCUGUCUCUUCUUCUCUCUUAUCCACUCUUCAACCCCAAAACCCAAAAACUCUUCACUACCAAACCCCACUCUUCAACAAUUCCAUCUUUUCCUAAACCCUAUUUCCCUCCCACCCUUCAAACCCAUUCUCCUACCCCACUUCAAAACCUCUUCUAUAAAUCUCCCUUUUCACUUCCCAUUAUCCACCUCUUCACUCCAUUUCCAUCUCUUGCUAUUGAAACCUCAUCAUCUACUUUAUCAGAUGCAGGAAAAAUCAAUUUGGAAUCAAUUCUCGUCUCCAUUGAUGAUUUCUUCAACCGAUAUCCAUUUUUCGUUGCUGGUUGUAGCUUCAUUUAUCUUGUUGGUAUCCCUCUUACACAAGAGUAUUUCAGGAAGUAUAAAUUUGUUUCGGCGAUUGAUGCGUUCAGGAAGCUUCGUGAUGAUCCUGAUUCGCAGUUGUUGGAUAUAAGGGAUAGGAAGAAUGUGAAGUUUUUGGGGUCUCCUAAUUUGAAUAUGUUGAAGAAGGAAGUGGUGUUGGUUGAGUUUAAUGAGGGUAAUGAAGAUGGGUUUGUGAAGAAUGUGUUGGAGAGAUUCGAGGAUGCUUCGAACACUGUUGUAUGUGUUUUGGACAGUUUCGACGGUAAUUCCAUGAAAGUUGCCGAGUUAUUAUUCAAGAAUGGUUUCAAAGAAGCCUACGCAAUCAAAGGUGGAGUUAGAGGCCAGCAAGGGUGGAUGGCUAUACAGGAUACCCUUUUGCCGCCUUCUGUGCAUAUAAACCGAAGGAAAAAGACUAAAGCAGCAGAAAAGCUCAGUACAAAUGGAAAUGGAGCCAUUCAGCAAAAUGAUCGUAAUAAUGAGAGCGUGUUAUCCUUAGAUAUCCCUGCAGUUGGAAAUCAAGAGACAGAUAAUGGUCACGUGAAAAGGUCUGUAGAGUCCAAUCCGGAAAUGAAAAUCGGUUCAGUAGUUUCCCAUUCUCCCUAUCCCAAUUAUCCAGAUUUAAAGCCGCCGUCAUCUCCAACUCCAUCAAAGCCACAAUAAUGAUGUUAGCUAUACCAUACUCAACUGGCAUCUUUUGGGAAGAAAUGAUUUCUAUGAAGACAAUGAUAUAAUUUGGUGAUUGUUUUAAUUCAUAAUUUUACAAUUAAUCAUUCUCUACUUCUUGUUGAGUUUUAGAGAUAGUGUAAAGUAUGUAAUCUUCAUAAACUUUACAAGCAAUAAUCCAAUUCGGCUGUUUAGUAUUUGCACCCAAUCCAAAGACUUGGUUGCCUAUAAAUGUAGUGAUUAUUAAUUAUGGCAGAAUCUUAGCAACAAUGGGAGGGGAAUUAUUGUGUAAUUGAUCAGACUUGGGUGAUUGGCAAUAAAAAGGUGAAAAAUGAAGGUAACAAUU